AUGUCCGAGUACAGCUACGACGACCGUCCACGGCGUCGCGGCGACCGCGUCCGCGAGCGCGAGCCUGAAUAUGUCACGGAGACCACCUACAUCGAGCGCGGCGGCCGUGGAGACGGAAUGCGCGACCUAGUUUACCGACCACGCCACGAAGACAGCAUCGAAGAGGUCGCCCGCGAUUUCCCUCCGCCAGGUUCCGAGUACCGACAGACCAAGUACCGCGAGACGUAUGAGCCACGCCGCACCCGCUCAGCCCAUCGUGACUACGACUACGAUGACUACAAUCGCAACGACCGAGGCAGGCGAGCGCGUGACUACGACGACUACUCCGAGUACAGCGAGCGACCAAAGCCACAGCGUCGCAAAUCCAUCGUCGACAACGUCAAGGACUUUGCCGAGUCUGCAGGCCUAGGCGGCGUCAUCGGUGCAGUCACUGGUCGCAGCCGUUCUCGCUCACGACACCGGAAGGACCGCGACCGCGGCUACGAGAGCGACCGUGACCGCUACGAUGACCGAUACUCUGACCGCCGAAGCAGCCGCUACGGAUCGCGCAGCCCAAGCCGUCACGGAAAGUCCCAGGCGAAGUGGGAGCAGGCUGCCAAAGCCGCCAUUGUAGCCGGUGCCGUUGAAGCCUUCCGUAGCCGAAAGACGGCUGGUCCCUGGACUGGCGAGAAGGGUCAGCGCAUUGCUACUGCUGCCCUGGGUGCCGCUGGUAUCGACAGUCUCGUCGACAAAGACCCCGACAAGCACAGCAAGAGACAUGUGGCCGAAUCAGCCAUUGGCGGUCUGCUUGCCAAUCGCGUUGCUAACGGCUCUCGCUCCAAGUCUCGCGGACGUGAUGGUUCUCGCUCUCCUUCACGCUCGCGAUCCCGCUCCCGGGCCAGGUCAAUUUUCGGUCGCUCUCGCUCUCGUGGACGCUCACGUUCUGGAUCUCGCGAACGUGGCGGUGACAACGCCCUUGGCAAGGUCGUUGGCGGUGGAGCAGUUCUAGCAGCAGGCAAAGCCCUAUACGAUCGCGUGCGCUCAAAGUCACGCUCCAGGCGUGAGCGCUCACCUUCGUACGACAGCGCUGACGAAUAUGAGCCACCAUCCCGGAAUCGCCGCUCCCGCGGGUACGACCGGGGCCGUAGUAUGGACGGUGCCUAUUCCGACGCUCCACGAGCUAAUCCAGAUCGUAGACUAGCGGCAGCCUCUGGAGGAGGAGCACUCGUUCCAGGCGGGUCGCAACGUGGGAGGGGAGAUAGCAGCUCUGGCUCCACAUCGACGACCGACAUGGAGAAGAAGCGCAAGAAGAUGAGAGGUAAGGAACUCCUGACUGCCGGGCUUGCCACGGUUGCCACCAUCCACGCCGCGCACGGCGUCUACUCGUCCAUGGUGGCCUCGGAAAAGCGCCGAAAGCUUGUUGCCGAGGGCGAGAUAACGGCCGAGGAAGCUCGCAAGCGCAAAUCCAAGAACAUGCUGCAGGAUGCGGCGGCCGUGGGUAUCGCGGCGCUGGGCAUCAAGUCUGCCUUCUCCGAGUGGAAGGAGAUGAACGAGCAGCGGCACAGUGUGCAUGAGCUGGAGCAGAGGCGCCGUAAGAGGAGGAAGAUGCGCGAGCGGAGAGAAAAGGAGGCCCGGCAGAAUGCUCUCAAUGGUCAAGGCAUGGCUAAUCCGUAUGCCUAUCCUCUAGCUGCCGCCCCGUACGGUCCGGCCUACGUCGAUGCGAAUCCCUACGGCGCGCUCCCGCCGCCACCGGGUGGUGCACCGCCUGGUGCGAGGUAUUAG